UUGACCUAUCAUAUAGGUAUAAGGGUCUUUCAUAUACAUGCAUAGGCCGUCGACUAAAUCCCGAAAAAGUCCUCGAGACUAAUUCCCCUGCACCAACCUGCACCUUUCGUAAUCUCUCCCACACGAGGUUCUGAAUGCUGAGCACAGCACUGGCAGCGAGCUCAAGAGGAUUGAUCAUUGAAGGGGCGCUUUUGCCGCCGGAGUGCACCUGAUAUCGACACAGGGAGAACACCAUCUUCGAGCCAGCUUGUGCAGGAGAACGGAAGAAGGCAGCAACAUGGCGCAUGACAAAUUGCAACCGCAGACGGUGCUGUAUUGUGGCGUGUGUGGCUUGCCUCCAGAGUUCUGCGAGUUUGGGCCAGACUUUGAGAAGUGCAAGCCCUGGCUCAUAAAGAACGCCCCGGGGGCGUACCCCGAACUGACGAAGAAAGCGGCCGAUGAAGCCGAGGCAAAGCUGGGGGAUCUGCGGCUCGGCGGGGAAGAUGGUGCUGACGGGGAGGCUAGCACGAGCAAGCCAGAGGACGAGAUCGUAAAGAAACUACCGGGUGGCAAGGUCAAGAGAAAAGAGAAGCAGGAGAUCCUUGUGGAGAAGGCGACUCGAAAUAAGCGGAAGGCGAUCACGACAGUAAAGGGCAUGGAGUUGUUCGGCGUGAAACUAGGGGACGCGUCCAAGAAGUUCGGCAAAAAGUUUGCCAGCGGGUCGUCAGUCGUCAAGGGCCCCACGGAGAAGGAGCAGAUCGACGUCCAGGGCGACUUUUUGUACGACAUCUGCGAGUUCAUCACGGAGACAUGGAAGGAGAUUCCGGAGUCGGCUAUAUACGUCAUGGAAGACGGCAAGCGAAAGGUGCCAUAUGCGGAUGCGUGAUGUGGUUUACAUACGGAUGUGUCGCGAGUCUGAUCAGCCCUGAUGAGUUUGUGUGUGCAAAGGCGUAACCUCGCUCUGUUCCGACGGUGCAAAUUAGCCCAUCUAAAAUGGCUGAAUGGGGUGUAGGAAGCCCCGGCACGCUUGAAGUGGAGGCCAAGGCGGUGUAUGGCAACUUUUGAAUCACUGCCCGUUUAUCAAUUCCAAUAAAUGAUGUCUCUGGAUUCUGCCAGACGAUGUGUCGCGUACAAUUGGAUCGAUCAGUGAAGCUCCAUCAGAUGUCCC